AGAGGUCACUGGGAUGUUUAGUUUCUUCUUCUUCUAGCUGGGCCUCCCUCCAGCGAUGGCGGGAUUCCUGGCGCUCAUCCUCUCCAGCUUAUGGGUUCUUCUCCUCUUGGGCGGCUGCCAUGGAGAGGAAUUGGAAUUCGCGACGAGCGUGGACACCUCCGACAUCGCGGCUCUCCGCUCCUUCGCCACCCACAUCCGCCACGACCCCAGCGGCGCGCUGCGCUCCUGGCGCCGCGACGAGGAGGCUUGCACCGCCUGGAGCGGCGUGGAGUGCUCGUGGAUCCACGGCAGCCAGGGAUUCCGCGUCGUCUCCAUCCGGCUGCCCAAAUCUCUCCUGGAAGGUGAGCUCUCCCCGCGGCUGGGGCUCCUCUCGGAGCUCCGCGUGCUGGAUCUGUCCGGCAAUCGUCUCUCGGGCCUCAUCCCGGACGAGAUUGCCCAGCUGCCCAAGCUCCGCUCCAUCGAUCUCUCCAGCAAUCGCCUCGUGGGUCGGAUCCCUACUGGGAAUGGGAAUGGGAAUGGGAAUUCCCUGCGCAGCGCCGCGGCAUUCGCUGGGAAUCCCGGCCUCUGUGGCUGGCCCUUAGAUCGCGAGUGUCCUCCAUCCUCGAUCAUCACCACGAAGAAGCACUAUUCCAGUGCCCGGCGAGCGCUCCUCCAGGACGGCGCUACAGCUCCAUCGCCAUCGCAAUCGCCGACCCCUCCGAGCUCCAAUGGCAGCGAAGCUCCAUCGCCCAGCGCCGCCCCGGCAGGGUCACCCCCGCGGCACAAGGGGCGCAGCAGGGCGCGGCGGUGGGGCAUCGGCGCGGCGCUGGGCGUGCUCGCCGGCUCGGUCUCGGGCGUGCUCGUGGGCAUCAUCGCGCGCGCGGGGAUCAUCAUCUACAAGCGCGCGCGCGCCAAGAACGGUCCCAUCAUCUUCUUCCACAAGCUCACGCCCAAGAUGCUCGCCUUCCUCGAUUCCCCAGAGUCCUUCCAGCAAAUGCCCCUCCUGGGCGCCGGCGGCGCAGGCAAGGUCUACAAAGCCGUGCUUGAGGGCGGCAUGGAGGUGGCGGUCAAGCGAAUCCCGAUCCAGCCGCCCGAGCCGCCGUCGUCGUCCGAUGGCUCGCGAUCCAGCGGCAAGGGCAGCUUCGGCAAGCGCCACACGCUCGCCGAGAUGGAGACACUUGGCAAGAUCCGCCACGUCAACCUCGCGUGGCUCUACGCGUACAUACUCAAGCCCGACGCCCACCUCCUCCUCUACCAGUACAUGCCGCGCGGUAGCCUCCAGGACGUGCUGGCCCGGGUCCGCGACGGCGCGAUGGAGCUCGAGUGGUCCGCGCGGCAGCGGAUCGCCACCGGCAUGGUGCGCGGGCUUAAGUACCUCCACUUCGAUUGCAGCCCAAAGAUUCUCCACCGCGACCUCAAGACGAGCAACAUCUUGCUGGACGAGGAGCUGGAGGCGCACCUGGGCGACUUCGGGCUGGCCAAGGCGCUGCCCGACGGCAUGACGCACGUCACGACGCAGGUGGCGGGCACCAUCGGGUACAUCGCGCCCGAGUACCACCAGACAUGCAAGUUCACCGUGAGCAGCGACGUCUACAGCAUGGGCAUCGUCCUCGGCGUGCUCAUCAGCGGCCGCGAGCCCACCGACGAGUUCUUCAAGGAUUUCCCCGGCGGCAUCGUGCCGUGGAUGUGCUACCUCGUCCAGAGCGGCCAGGAGCUCAAGGGGAUCGACCCGACACUGCUCAAGCCAGCAGCGCGAGCAGGAGAAGAAGGUGGCGGCGAUGAUACUCUCGGCCAAAACCCGGCAUUUGCGAAUCUGGACGAGAUAACCGAGAUGAAGCGGGCGAUGCGAAUCGCUUGCUUGUGCACCAAGUUGAAUCCACAGGACCGCCCCUCCACGAAGGACGUGCUCGUCAUGCUCAACCCAGGGAAGCUGGAGAACGUCCGUCCCAUGGAGGAGCUCCUGCGAGAUGGAGGUCCGGCGAUCACACCAGCCUGGCGAGACUUCUUCGUCUCAACCGGGCUGCUGUUAAACGUAAACACCCACCAGCAUGAUCGUCUCCAGGACACUCCGUCCUCUCAAGCUUUUCUUUUACUUAGUCGCCUUAUACUUGAAGCGAUACGCGAAUGGAAGAUAGAAGAGAAAGUUGACGACGCUGAGCGCUACCAAGAGCCAAAAGAAGUAGUCAAUGUGGCCAUGGUUGAGGUUGUCGGCGAUCCAUCCGGGCUUCCCAUCCCUCCGGGUGAUCUUGGUGACUAUGGUCACCAGCAAGCUCGAGAGGUAGUUCCCGAGCGCCACCGUCGCCAGCGACAGCGCCGAGCCCAAGCUCCGCAUGGCGUCGGGCGACUGCUCGUAGAAGAACUCGAGCUGCCCGAUGAAGGUGAACACCUCCGACGCCCCGAUGAUGAAGUACUGGGGGAUUUGCCAGAAGAUGCUGAGCUGCGCGUUGAGGAGCUUCGGGAAGUUCUUGUCGUCGGCAUCCACCAGGCCUUUCUCCCUCGCGACUCGCAGACGCUGGAUCUCCAGGACCGCCGCCACCACCAUGGAGAUCGUGGAGAUGACGAGACCGAUUCCCAUCCUCUGGAGCUGCGUGAAUCCCUGUGGAUGGCCGGUGUACUUGCGGACGAAGGGGACGAGCAGGCGGUCGUAGAUCGGGACCAAGAUCAACACGCUGAGCGGGUCAAACAUGGAGAGCGAUGCCGACGGGACCUUGAAGGUGCCGAGGAUGUAGUCCAUCUUGAGGCCUUGCACCACGAACAACGUCGACAUCUGAGCAUAGACUGUGGAGAAGACGAUGACGCUGUUCCGGAUGGCUGCGACGAUAACUUGAGCGAUCCGAGUGAGCGGACUUCCUCCUGGUUUCUGGUGCCUGUACUGCUUGGACCCGAUGAAGAAGCUCACAAUGGCUAUUCCCAUUGCUGCUGCCGGUAUGCCAAAUCCCCAGGCCCAGUUGACGCUUUGCUGGAUGUAGACGAGAAAGGUGCUGGCGAUCAUGGCACCGACGUUGAUCGAGAAGUAGAACCAGUUGAAGAAGACAGUCAUAUACUUCUUCUCCGAGGGGUCUUCGUCGUCAAACUGAACCAGAGUUUCCAGCCUCGAUUCUGGUCUAAAGUUUUCUCGAUCGCUCAUCUGGCGAACCGGACGACACAUUUGGCGCCGUAUGGCGACGAUGAGAUGGUGAUGCGUCUUUUAAUCCUCUCCUGUGGCUCCAAUAGUCCAAAAGUCCUCUCCCGGGUCAAACCCGCGAUCCAGACUCCGGAGUCUCGCCCACGGCAUUGGCGCCUUUCGACCGAUCCACAGGAGCUCAAGGGGAUCGACCCGACACUGCUCAAGCCAGCAGCGCGAGGAGGGGAAGAAGGUGGCGGCGAUGAUACUCUCGGCCAAAACCCGGCAUUUGCCAAUCUGGACGAGAUAACCGAGAUGAAGCGGGCGAUGCGAAUCGCUUGCUUGUGCACCAAGUUGAAUCCACAGGACCGCCCCUCCACGAAGGACGUGCUCGUCAUGCUCAACCCAGGGAAGCUGAAGAACGUCCGUCCCAUGGAGGAGCCCCUGCGAGAUGGACGACAGAAGCAAAACUAAACGAUACGUACUUGGAAGCUGUGA